CUUAGGACAUGUCUUAGGCUUACGAGUGCAGACCUAGAAAGCCCAUGGUGCCGGCCAGAGAAGUCCAUCGCUGCAUUCGGAGUCGGAGGCUAACAGGCUUCUUCCUAUCAUAUCGCGGACAUUCUUGUCAACGGACCUAGAAUGGCGAGUGAUGCGGGUACCUUAUUGAUCGUGAAUGACAUGUCUUUGUACCGAUGAUGGUCGGCGAGAGGUUGACUGCAUCGGAUUUUUCACGAUAGUGUCGACAUGUACACAUACGCUGCGAACAAUGUCUUAGCAAACCGAAAUGGUGUAUUUACAAGAGAUGUGCGAAGGGACAGCAUCCCCACGCGCUCCUCAGUUGAGAAGCCGGCGUGAGACCUUGAGACUGGUUGCACAAGGGUACUACGGUCGCAUGAUCGUACCAUUUCGCCGGCUCUUCUUCGCACCGCCAAGCACCUGCACACACUGGGCGACGCUCCCAACACGAGUGUCCCGGCAGAAGCUCGCCGCCGGCCAAUGGCACCCGGUGCUGAGGCUCGCGUGUCCGAGGCGCCAGUUCAACCAGCCCGUAAUCAAACGUAGGGCGCAUCCUUCGUGGGGCGCAGUCGGUUGGCCGAGUGGAGUUAAUGCAGCUGCGGUGUCUAACUGCGGAAUCCGGGUACUCGCAAGAUCAAUCAGGCCGCGUCGCCCAGCGGGUCUGAACGAUCGUUCACCAUCUCCAAGCGAUUGCAUUGCCAUUGGGCUGCUGUAGUGUCGAUUGAACAGAUGACGGCUUUGGCGCAUAUUGACGGCAAAUUGCACGCAUGCAUAUGUUCUUCCGACUGAGGCCGCCUGCUCACCGGCGGCCAAGAGCAGCAAAGCGGCGGGUGCGAUUGUGGAGUUUAGUCCGACGCUAGCUUCUGUGACUCACACCCGCUCUGAGCGCACGGCAUGAAUUCCAUAAGGACUGCUGAGGCUGCCACUUUUUGCGACGUCUC